UCCCUAUUGCUGCAUAUCGGUCAGUUAGAAUGACAUGUUGUCGGUUUAGUCAAGCACGCUUCUGUUCGUAAUAAUGUUCUCAGUUACAUUUACAAAGCCUUUACAAAACCCAAAAAAUAACUAAAUUUAAUAUUUAAUUUUCAAAUAUCUUCUCCCAACUUCUACGAAACCCUCAAACAUUUUCAUAACCUCCGUAAGACCGUUCAUUUUUCUCCAAAACCUCUGCAGUUUUUUUCAGAAAUGGUCUCAUGUCGCCUCGUCGAUCUUCCAGAAGAUGAUGUUACAGAUGCAGUGCCUCCCAUACCGGAUAUGAUGUUUGCCGCCGGUGAAGAACCGGUUGGAGUUAGGGUUCUUACAUAUCAAUCCUCCAGGGCAAUUAAUCACAUUCUUAAUUCCCUCGAAGAAGACGAGAUUCAGACACUACGCAAGUCUCCCUUUGGCAAGAUUGUUGACAUCGCCGAGAAACCCGGCUUUUCUGGAAGAUUUACUAGGUACAUCUUAUCUAGACAAUUAAAAGUGGAGAAAAAACACGAAGCCUGGUUCCGGUUUGCUGGUAAACCGAUUAGGUUUUCUCUUCGAGAGUUCGCCAUUGUAACCGGUCUCAACUGCGGUGAAUAUCCUAAAAGCUCUGUCGUAAGGUCGAAGAAGAACAAAAACGUCAAACCCUAUUGGCCAGAGUUAUUUGGCAAAUCGGAGGAUCUUCGCGUUUCAACAGCCUUGAAAAUGCUUAGAAGAAAAACGGUUACCGAGAAAGAAGUACGGAUUAAGCUUGCAUGUCUUGCAAUUGUGUCUUCUGUUCUACUCGCUACGAAUCUGAAGAUGAAGAUGAUUAAAGAACAUGCAGAGGCCAUGGUAGAUCUUGAGGAGUUCUAUUCGUUUCCCUGGGGGCGACUUGCGUUUGAAAUGCUUAUUGGGAGUAUUAAGCAGAGGGAUGAGGUAUCCCUAUCGCAGAAUACUAUAGCAGUUAAAGGAUUUGCAUUGGCACUCCAGCUGGUUAUGAUAGAGGCUGUACCGGAUCUAACCGCAGUUGUUUUGGAAACCUGCUCAUCUUCUGAAUCCGAUAGCUGUGAUGACGAUGAUGAUUUCACCCACAAGAAGACCAAAAAGAAGACAUUAAGCCCUGGUCAUGCACGUGAAAUAGACAAAAAGACUAAUGUUAUAGUGAGAAGCAUAAUCCCAGAAGACCCGGAUCGGCCCUUAAUUCCGGCCAAUCUUGUUUGGGCUGACGAGGUCUUAGACGUCAAAGUUGAGAAUCUUCUGAAACUAAUAGCGCAGAGUCACCCCUUUACUGCUGAGAUGUUCAAAGGUGGUGCUACUAAACUGGAUGUUGAAAGAAUGCGUGAGCUAGGGAGAGCUGGGGGAAAGCAGAAGAGGAAAACGAAAACUCAGACUAACACAGAGACAGUCGAGGAUAAGCGUAUUGCAGCCAUUGUUCUGUCUAUGCUCAAACCUGAGGUUGAAAGAGUUGAAGCGAAUGUGGCCAAAGCUGUUUCUAUGGCUGAAGAUACUGCGACAAAAUUUGCCUCCUUUGACACCACUGUCAUGGUUUCAAUUCAAAAUCUGCUUAACAACUUCAAAGACGAAGUCAUCCGCUCUGUAAUGCAGAUACACAACAGUGCUAAUGCCCCAACACAACCGACACAGCCCGACGUUGACACUACUAACCAUGUGCAACGUAAGGUAGAUAUCGUCCACCCCCACCCUGACCCAAACGAUGACAUUAUUGCUCAAGUUAUUGGGAGUCUCAGUCAAUACUCCACGCCCCCACGGAAUGCAUCAGUUUGUCCAGGCUCAGAUGGGAGGACUUGUCCUGCUGCUUCACGGUUGCCUUUCGUUUUGCAAACGCAAAAUUCUCCCGGCCAAGACACCACUUUAUCCGCCAAUAGUCACACAAAGGAAGCAACCAAAGAAUCGGAGGUUGUUCGUAAUUUGGAUGCCCAUCCUUCUCAAGCUUCCGUUUUAUCUCAUGGCCAAACCGGAGAGAUUUUUCACGAGACUUCCCUGCAGCCUGUUGGGUGUCAGACAGAUGGGCAAUAUCUCGAUCGGCCCACUGUAUCAGUCACUGGUCAGACCAAUAAUGCUUCCAAAACUGCGGAUGGAGGGCUGAGUUUCGGCAUCCGCAAUAUUCAGGAACCAUCUUUCUCUCUUGGGCUGACGCAACCAGAGAACCCACCUCUGUCUGGGCCGGCAUGCGAUCUAAUAUUUGACACUGUCGCUGACCAUGGCGAUGAACAUGUUGAUGAACACACCAAUGACGGUCCAUCCCCUAACCCAUUCGCUCCUCUCUUAUGCCGGAAAAGCAAGCGCCCUAAGAUUGUUCCAGCUGGUCUUGUGAAAGACUACCACUGUGGAGCUGAUAUACUAAGCCGUGCUCGUGCUGCCCAACCCCCUUUUUGUGAUUACUCCGACCCUGCUGUGGUUAUGUCCAAAUUCUCUAAUCUCGCGGACAAGAUAAGCACCCCAUUUGUUAUCAAUAUUGCCGGCCUGGCGGUCACUUCGAAGGACAUCACAGGAAUUGUUGAGCUCACCCGUUCAUUGCCAGCUAGGGUUGUUGACAUAUUGGUGCGCUUUGUUCGCGCCACAUGCAACAUGCAGCAACAUUCGAGCCUUGGGCGGAUUCCAGAGUUUCUUGACAGCAGAUAUGUUGCAUUGUUGUUCAAGCAUUUUCCAAAGUUCAGCCGUUCGAAAACUCCUGAUGCAUAUCCUUUCCCGAAAGGACUUUUUGAGCUUCUUCGAAAGGACAACCCAACGGGAGCAGCAGUGACCCAUUACUACUUUCCAUUUGAUUUAGGCAAUAAACAGUGGGUAGGUGUAUGUUUUGACUGCACCGCAUGGAAGCUAACUGUCCUUGAUUGCAAUAUAUCGAUCCGCUCCGACUCUGAAAUAGCUACACAGCUGCGCCCUUUUGCGGAGAUGAUCCCCUCUCUUCUGAAGCGUACCGGGCGGAUUUCGAACACUACUGCUUAUCAUGGGGUGGUGAUAGAAAGACCCAAAGUCGUUGCUCAAAACACCAACCCAUCACACUCUGCCCUAACCUCAAUCUUGCUCAUGCAGACCCAUGCAAUAUUUGGCCUUGAAUCGUGCAGGUGUAUCACUCCUACUCUUCUCACGGAAGAAGCUCACCGUGUUGCUGUGAUGUUGUAUGAACUACACGAGAAGCUGUAGAAGGACUUGGCAUAACCGAGACCUCUGACUCUUGUCUCAUUUGUUACUUUGGGUACUAUCUAUGCUCUGCUUCUCUGCUGGUUAUUUGUAUCGUUCACUUAUCCAUACAUUGUUCUGAAUAUUUUUAGACUUUCCAUGUUGACUUUCAAACAUCGUUUCUUUCAUUGCACUAUCUAUAAAAACUGAUAUGAUGACUAUCCGGCUUUGUGCAUAAAAUAUCUGGAUAUCCUAAUACCGCUUUUCAAUUUUAUGAAGGAAGAUUUCAUGUUUUCCUUUUCAACACUCGUACCUACCCAAGUCGUUGGGUAAACAAGAAUUAAUAUUUUCUUAUUUAAUACACAUACCUACCCCAUUUAUGUGUGUUACCAUUUAAUUCCCAUAUCUCCCAACCAACUUGUAACCAAUUUUUCCUUCUACGGUUUCAGUCACAAUUUGCCCUUUCCCACAUCCGAAAAAUUAACCUAAGGCCAAGCAUUACUGACCGCACAUGGUCUUUCAGAUAUAUGUUCCUCCUAUGGCAUCACAUAGCUACCAUAUUAAUGCUCCAUAAAUGACACCACAAUACACAAGUAUCCCUACGCAUACACAUGAAUAAUGUAUGUUAUCUUUAUAACUUCUUCUAUCUAUAAAUACAUACGUUCCCUCAAAUGUUAUCUCUACACCAAGGAGUUGCACAUCUUCUUCGUAAGGAGAAGAUGUAUUUUAUCGGCAAUUUUCUUGUAACUGUCACCCAUGCUUGUAUUUUUUUGGAGUCACCAACACUGUUCGUUGAUCUGAUAAGGAACCAUGCGGAUCACACUGAAACUGUGUUGAAGAGAAGUGUUUUCUUUUGUCUUCGGUAGCGCACUGGCUUGGCCAUAAUUUUUUGUGACUAAAACCUGAUACUUCCGUUCUUUAUCUUUAUAGUCGAUGGCAUUGUGUCAACGGGAGCACGUAUUUCUAUCAAUUCCAGAUUUUUCUCUAUGUAUAAGCAUAGCGAAAACUUUGGCAUUGGUAGUAAUGCGUGUUCCCGCUUUCACAAUCUCAACGAUUUAAUUGGUAAACGGUAGCCUUACAUGUAUUAUUUUAUAUUUAUCACUCUGUAAAUGAACACAAAUUUGUGACGUUACCAACAAAUCUUUACAAAAUUUCUGUGGCACUGGAUGAUGUAAUUAUAUUUUUAAACAGAACUUUUGUUACUA